AACACACGAGCAGCGGAUCAAUUGGAAAAGCUACCAAGGGACUCGCUACACAAUUAUAGAAUAACUUUUAGCACUCCGUCAUCAGAAGUGAUAUUGUACUUUCGUCUACUAACCAUGGAAGACCAACUGCGCAUCUUGAUGGAGCACCAAAGCCAAAGUUUCCUGGAAUUGGCAAAAACUCUGCAAGCGUCGGUACGAGAACAGGCACAAACUUGCGUCGUCACAUUGCCGAAAUUUAACGCCGACAUUCCUGGCGCCGACGCUACUCAAUGGUGUGCUACGGUUGACAUUAUUUUGGUUGAAAAACCGCUGGAAGGCAGUGCUCUAACAUUGGCCUUAACAAAAUCGUUGGAAGGAAGCGCGUCCCAAUGGCUUUCUGAAGUGUGCUAUGCAAGCGUGACUAGCCGCCAUGUUUUUGCAGUUAUUAAACAGACGCCCCGGCAACAGUGAAUGCCUUGUGAUAUACAGUGGCGUGCAAGUAUGAGUACAUGUUUGCAACUUUUGACUGUUCGCCUAAAUAAAAAAGGUAUUAGUUAAGCAAAUGAACCCAAAA